AGCAGAAGCUGCAGGUCACUGACUUUAUAGCAGCGAACCAAAGCCUCAAGACCAAAAACCAUUCUUACAUUUACAGAACUACUGAGUUGAGUAAACAGCUGAAUGAUGAGUGCUGCUCAGAGUCAAACACUGGUGUCCAAACUUGAAGCCCUGGAGUGCCACUUCACCUGGAAUCUUGGCAUCAGUAAGUCCUUACUCAAUAAUCGCAGAGACAACCUGGAGGACAUUGGCACCAAUGAUGGAAAUCCCUGGCUUGGUCACAUUUACAACCUGCGGGGGUUCAUUCAGUUCAAGCUGGGAUCCAAUGAAGAAGCCCAGAAGUUCUUCAACAAAGCUACUGAGUCCUUCAAUAAGAUGAGAAACGCAGAUGAGGGCCCCUGGUUAGUGGUGAACUACGGGAACCUGGCUUGGCUGCACCAUCAGCUGGAACACCAAGCAGUGAGCGAGGCUUACCUGUCUAAGGUCGACGCCAUGAUUAAAAAAUACCCAUCUCCAUCCCAGAAGGAACUCCACCCAGAGACCUAUGCUGAAAAAGCCUAUACCCUGAUGACGGUCAGUAAAGACAAAACACUUGUUACAGAUUACUUCCAGAGAGCCAUCGCAAUGCAACCAGGCAUACGAGAGUGGAAGACUAGCCAUGCAUUAGCUUUAAUGUACAGCAGACAGGGCUGGAAGAGGAAAAUCUUGGAGAAAAUGAGAAUCGCCAAAGAACAGGAUCCAGAGAACUUGUACCUCGCCGUUCACUACCUUGAGCAACGUGCUAAAAGAGGAGAAAGAAUAGAAGCUGAAGCACGUGAAUUAGCCAGAGAGGUUUUGAGAAGUCCUGUCAGCAGCUACAGUGGUUUUAAACCAUUACUACGGGUUUACAAAAAAUAUAUAUCUGUUGAUGAGGCCAUUGAUUUGGCAGAGGAGGCUCUGAAGCAGCAUCCAGAUGAGCGUUAUCUGAAGAGAUGUGCUACACUCUGCUACAAAUGGAAGAUCUUUGGAAACUGCAAGUACAGUCGUCCAAAGCAAGACACAAUAGCCAGAUCAAUCACUCUCCUUGAGGAGGUGAUUAAGCUUUACCCUGAUUCUUCACUGGUGAAGAGAAUAGACCUUGCAAACACAUACACAAUGUCCAAAGAUGGCAAGGCAAAAGCUGAUCAGCUAUAUGAGGAACUAAUGGUAGAGAAUGUGGAACCUGUAGACAAACAGAUGAUCUACAACAACUACGCAAGGUAUUUAAAAUUCCAAAAAGAAGAUGCAACAAAGUCAAUAAAAUAUCACAUGAAAGCAGCAAAGAUACCACACCAAUCUCAUUUUCGUGACAAAAGCAUCACAACUCUGAAAGCGAUUAGAAACAGAGGCGAGGACCCAAUGGGAGAGAUAAGGGAGUUUCUGGCAAACCUGCAAGAGCCAUAAUGUGUUUAACAACACUGGUACUAAAGUCAGAAUGGAAAUAUAGGUAUUGCAAAACAUGUGUACAUUCUUAUUAAUAUCAUCACCCUCACAAUUGAACAAACAUGUGUUUUUCUUUUGUUUUGGUAGUACACCAGCCGCAACACCCAUACUUGUUGUGAACUCUUUAAUGGAACGGACAUUUCAACGUUAAACUAACAAAAUGUGUAAUUUUUUUAACUGUCUUAUUUGCAGCCAGGUUUCAACUAUGUUUUACACUUUAGUAGCAGAUAAACGCUAUUAAAAAAUGCAAAUGUGCUUAUUGAUGUGAUGACAAAAGUUGACUGUUUGCAUGUUUUUUAGGCUGUGUCUUAGUUGUUCAAUAUACAAACUAUGAAAUGUACAUCAUGUUUGCUAAUGGAUCCUUUGUAAACUAAAACCCUUUCAGCUACAACCACAAAAAAGUGGAUACUUGUGGUGAAAAUCAUAUACUCAUCUAUUUAAAAAGUGUUUAUUGAUUGUUUUGCCUGUAACUUUAUAUUAUUUACAAGAUUUCACAAUAAUUUCACAAUAAGUGUUUUGGAAUGAAUACUUUCCGCAUAACACAGGAUAACAGUGGUUCCCUUAAAGGAAAAGCUAAGUUUAAACCCAAGUAUUGAUUCAUUUAUUUGUUAUUGAAAACUUUAUUGGAGCCAUGUGUAAAUAAUACCUCAAAGAAAAGGUUUAGAUUUUUGCAUAUUCAUUGUCUAGUAAUAUGGUGAAUGGUGAAAACUGAAACUUCAGCUGUACUUCAAUGUGUUGUUUUACCCGAACAUAUUCCUAUUAAAUAAAA